UGCUUGCAGCGCCCGAAUCUGUCCGUCUCCGUCUCCAUCUGCUCUCGUCGCUCUCAUUGAACUUCCUUCUUUGUCUAACCCUUCCCUCAUUUUCCCUUAGUCACUUCAGCCAUUAGAGUUGGGGUUUCUGCAAGUUCCAUGGAAGCGUCUGCUCCUGCUUCGUUUUCCGUCUCUCCCCAUUCGACCUUCCCAUACUGCUAUUGCAUUUGCUCCGGACGCUGCUGUCGCUGUUUCUGUUGUUGCUACUGUUGCUCUCGGCUUUGAAUUUUUCUAAAUUUGAGAACGAAAAUAUCGAAUUUUUAUUGCCUAGGGUUUUUUUUUUGUUGUUGUUGUUCUUCAUACUUCGUGUUUUUCUAUGGAUCUAUCACAGGCAGAAUCGGGCCUUUCCUUAGGGUUUCAUCCGCACGAUUCACCGGUUCCUCGAGCGCCAAUUGCCGAUGACUCGAUCUCGUUACAGAUUGAUUCGAGCUUUCGAUGUCCAUCGCAUUCGGGGCCUUCCAUUCCGUUGCAACUGCUUGAGCAGCCAGAGAAACGAAGAGAUGAGGCUGUAGUAGAUGCAGAGAAAGAGGAAGAUGAACAGAGGGAAGAGGAGGAGUUCAGUCUUUUGGGUCAUCCGUUGUGUUUGAAGAGGCGAAGGGACGGGGAAUCUUCAUCGUGUUCGUCUUCUUCUAAUCCUUCGAAGAAGGCCUCGAUCGAACCCGGGCUUGAAUCGAGGAUAGCUGCAGUACGCGCUUGGGGGAAUCAGCCACUCUGUGUUGCUGAUCCUGAAAUUUUUGAGAUUAUGGAGAAUGAGAAACAGAGGCAGUUCAAAGGAAUUGAGUUGAUAGCUUCUGAGAAUUUCGUUUGCCGUGCAGUGCUAGAAGCUCUUGGCAGCCAUUUAACUAACAAGUAUUCGGAAGGAAUGCCGGGUGCAAGAUAUUAUGGUGGUAAUCAGUUCAUCGAUCAGAUCGAGACGCUUUGCUGCGAACGAGCUUUGGCAGCUUUUAGUCUCAACCCCGAGAAUUGGGGAGUUAAUGUUCAGCCGUACUCUUGUACAUCAGCAAAUUUUGCAGUUUAUACCGGUCUUCUCCUUCCUAAGGAUCGGAUCAUGGGUUUGGAUUCCCCAUCAGGAGGACACUUAAGCCAUGGUUACUACACACCUAGUGGAAAGAAGGUUUCCGGUGCAUCCAUCUUUUUUGAGAGUCUGCCUUAUAAGGUGAACCCACUCACAGGAUACAUUGAUUAUGAUAAACUUGAGGAAAGAGCAAUUGAUUUCCGUCCUAGAAUACUCAUUUGUGGAGGGAGCUCGUAUCCCCGAGAGUGGGAUUAUGCGAGGUUCAGACAGAUUGCGGAUAAAUGUGGAGCUAUUCUUAUGUGUGACAUGGCUCAUAUCAGUGGUCUAAUUGCUGCUAAGGAAUGCAUAAGCCCCUUUGAUUACUGUGAUCUUGUUACAUCCACUACCCACAAAAGUCUCCGAGGACCUAGAGGAGGUAUAAUUUUUUACAGAAAAGGCAGAAAGCCAAGGAAGCGUGGGAUGCUUCCAAGUCAAGGAGAUGAAAAUGACCAUUAUGAUUUUGAAGAAAAGAUAAACUUUGCUGUUUUUCCAUCAAUGCAAGGAGGACCUCACAAUAACCACAUUGCUUCUCUUGCAAUAGCCUUAAAGCAAGUGGCUACUCCUGAGUAUAAAGCAUAUAUUCAACAGGUGAAGAGAAAUGCCCAAGCUUUAGCAUCUGCUUUACUGAGAAGAAAAUGUCGACUGGUCACUGGAGGUACAGACAACCAUUUGUUGCUUUGGGAUCUAAGAACUCUUGGCCUAACAGGUAAGAACUAUGAGAAAGUCUGUGAGAUGUGUCAUAUUACUCUCAACAAAAAUGCUAUAUUCGGUGAUAAUGGUGCUAUUUCUCCUGGAGGUGUGAGAAUUGGUACUCCUGCUAUGACCACAAGAGGUUGUCUGGAGUCUGAUUUUGAAACAAUAGCUGAUUUCCUCGUUAGGGCAGCUCAGAUUGCAAGUGCUGUGCAGAGAGAACAUGGAAAAUUGCAGAAGGAUUUUCUCAAGGGUCUCCAGAACAACAAGGACAUUCUUGAACUCCGGUCCCGUGUCGAGUCUUUUGCAUCUCAUUUUGCUAUGCCUGGAUCUGAUGUUUGAACAUGUUUGAGAGAUGCCUUGUGGAUAUAAACAUCAUAAUCCUGUUUUCUUGGUUGACAAAGGUCUGCAUGUUAAUACAUCCAAAUUCAAAUACUGUCCCAAGUUGCUUUCCCUACCUCUGUAAAUUUCAGGUCACCCAAUACUGUAUUCUACUUCAUCUGCUAUAUGGCGUAUUAUUUACCCUUUUGUAUUGUCUGACCUUACAUGAUUUUGUAAAUUAUACAGAAGUCAUUAUUUCUUUUUCAUUUGAUUGUAAUUGUUUUGGUGUCCCCCGGAAUGAUGGUGUUCGGAAUGUCUGUACUCAUUCUGUUCAACUGGAACUUGGAUCACAAUUUGGUUGCAGAACGGGAAACUUUUGUCCCUGCUCACCCGCUGGCUUAAAUGGCAUUGCCCGGUAAAAGGA